GUAGCCCUCCGCGGGCCGCACCGCACCAUGCUCCGCGCCUCCGGCCGCCGCCUCGGGGCCGCCGUAGCACCUGCCGUGGCGCUGGCUGCGGCGUUGCUCUCGUCGCUCGCGCGCUGCUCUCUCCUGGGGCCCAGCGACCCAGUGGCCUCGGUGUUGAGCCCCUACUUCGGCACCAAGACUCGCUACGAGGAUGUCAACCCCGGGCUUGUUUCAGACCCCGAGGCGCCGCGGCGGGACCCGGAGCUGCUGGAGGGCACCUGCACCCCGGUGCAGCUGGUCGCCCUCAUCCGCCAUGGCACCCGCUACCCCACGGCUAAACAGAUACGCAAGCUGAGGCAGCUGCACGGGCUGCUGCAGGCCCGCGGCCGCGGCAGUGCGGGCGGUCGCGACCUGGGCGCCGCGCUGGCCGAUUGGCCCCUGGGGUACGCCGACUGGAUGGACGGGCAGCUGGUGGAAAAGGGACGGCAGGACAUGCGACAGCUGGCGCUACGCCUGGCAUCACUGUUCCCGGCCCUCUUCAGCCGGGAGAACUACGGCCGCCUGCGGCUCCUCACCAGCUCCAAGCACCGCUGCGUGGACAGCGGCGCCGCCUUCCUGCAGGGGCUGUGGCAGCACUACCACCCUGGGUUGCCGCCGCCGGACGUCGCAGAUAUGGAGUGUGGACCUCCAAGGAUUAAUGAUAAAUUGAUGAGAUUCUUUGAUCAUUGUGAGAAGUUUUUAACUGAAGUGGAAAGGAAUGCUACGGCUCUUUAUCACGUAGAAGCCUUCAAAACUGGACCAGAAAUGCAGAACAUUUUAAAAAAAGUUGCAGCUACUUUGCAAGUGCCAGUAAAUGAUUUAAAUGCAGAUUUAAUUCAGGUAGCUUUUUUUACCUGUUCAUUUGACCUGGCAAUUAAAGGUGUUAAGUCUCCUUGGUGUGAUGUUUUUGACAUAGACGAUGCAAAGGUAUUAGAAUAUUUAAAUGACCUGAAACAGUACUGGAAAAGAGGACAUGGCUAUACUAUUAAUAGUCGAUCCAGUUGCACCUUGUUUCAGGAUAUCUUCCAGCACUUAGACAAAGCAGUUGAACAGAAGCAAAGGUCUCAGCCAAUUUCUUCUCCAGUCAUUCUCCAGUUUGGUCAUGCAGAGACCCUUCUACCACUGCUUUCUCUCAUGGGCUACUUCAAAGACAAGGAGCCCCUGACAGCUUAUAAUUAUAAGGAACAAAUGCAUCGGAAGUUCCGGAGUGGUCACAUUGUACCUUAUGCCUCAAACCUGAUAUUUGUGCUUUACCAUUGUGAGAACGCUAAGACUCCUAAAGAACAAUUCCAAGUGCAGAUGUUGCUGAAUGAAAAGGUGUUACCCUUGGCUCACUCACAGGAAACCGUUUCUUUGUAUGAGGAUCUGAAGAACUACUACAAGGACAUCCUUCAGGGUUGUCAGAACAGUGAAGAAUGUGAAUUACCAAAGGUGAACAGUACAUCUGAUGAGCUGUAAGCCACUAGAGAAAACUGGUGAUUCUUCACCAAACUGUAGGGGUGAUUACAUGCUUUUAAGAGGUAGGCAAUCCUUUGAUUACAGAAAGUUUUUACAUUUCUUGAGUAUUUCUUUUCACAGAAAAAUGUUACUUUUUGGAUCUGGACAUGAUAUAUAAGAAAUGAUUCUUCACUGGAGCAGCUUCUUAAAGAGAAAAAUAUCUAUUUAAUGAAGCAGCUGGCACUGCAGAUAUUAACAGAAGCGAAAUUCUUCCUGUUUAAGAAACCUCACACUGAGAUAGGAUGUAAUUUCAAAAUGAUACUUGAAAAAUGCUUGAAUAACAAUUAAUAAAAUAUUAAUUGAAUGACUCAUCAUUUGGUUGAACUGAGUCUAGGGACUACCAAAUAUGCUAAAGUUCUUUUUGCCUUAGGUAGGACAGUUCUGGUAUUAAUUGUCUGUCUUAAUCAGAAAUGUUGUGAUAAACCGAGUAUUACUUGGGAAGAAAGCUAACAUCUUUCUAGAUGAGAGUUUGAAACUUACGGAGCAGAGUCUGAUUUAAAGAGACACUUACACUGGAGCAAGAUAAAAAGUAUUAUGUGUUUGUUGGUAGUAUUUGUAAAACAUUUGAAUGCUUUUUCAAUAAUUCCUUAAAGCUUCUAAUAGGUCUUAGGCUGUCUUAAAUUAUCAUACCACUUUUACAUAGAUAGCAGUGGAAGGACAAACAGAAGAGAUACCAACAAGUCAGAUGGAUGGAAUCAAAGUUUCUUAAAUCUAUUGCUUAGCUAUCUUUUCUGUUGUUACUGGCUUCUGUUUUUAUAUUUUGCUUUAUGAAAUGUAUCUUUUGGUUGUUUGUUUUUUUUUUUUUUUUUUUUAAAUAAAGACUUCAUUAUGGCUGGCUUUAUUUUCACGGAUUUGAACCUAUCUCAGAGAAAUAGUUCUGAGUUCUGUCAAAUACCAUGAGACUGUUUGCUAUAAUAAAAUUCUUGUGACUUUA